GUCAUUUGUCAAUUAUUAUUGUUUACAAAUUACAAGCUGAUAAUUGCUAAUAAAGAAAAAAGUAUAUUUUUUAAAAGUAAAAUGGAAAAAUCAUUAAAAAGAUCCAGAGGCCCGAAUUAUAGCGAACGGGAGAAACAAGUUUUAAUAAGCAUAGUUUACAAAUAUAAAGAUGUCAUAGAAAAUAAAAAAACAGAUGGGGUAACAAUUCUACAGAAAGAAAAGACCUGGAAAAAGAUUGAAACAGAGUUUAAUGCUAGGUCUCCUGGACUCAUUAAUAGGUCGGCAGAUUCCUUAAAAAAAUAUUACGAUAACAGAAAAAAAGAAUUGAGAAAAGAAAAGGCACAGGAAAAAAUUGAAGUGUACAGAACAGGUGGAGGUCCUUGUGCAAAGCCACCAAAAAUGGAGUCCUCUGAUGAGGUUUUGUUGUCGAUGGUGAAUGAAAAAACAGUAUCUGGCAUUUUAAAUACAUUUGAUGGAGACAGUGAAGUUACAAAUGAGGAUAUUGAUAUCAGUAUUCCUUCUACCUUCAAAAAUGAUGAAGUGGAACUCUCUUUUGAAUUGGAUGAUGAAGAAGAUAUGCAGGAAACUCCUGCAGCGGAUACAACAGAGAACUCUUCUCGUACAAAACAUACAGAAUGGGAGAGUUAUUCUCCAGCAGACUUGAAGAAAAGUCCCAACAGACUUUUAUUGAACGAUAACAUCAGCAAACAAUCUCAAGCAAAAAGAGGAAGACUUAAUAAUAGCAGUAGACGUCGUCCAGCAACUAUUGUUAAAACAUUAACUUCUUCAAAUAUUGCUGACAAGUAUGAUAAGUUGCUGGACCGAAGGUUAGCUCUUUCACUAUUUGAAAAGAUCCGAUGUAAAAAUCAAAUUGAGUAUGAAACAGAAGAGCAUAGGUUACGAACACAAAAUCUAAAAUUAGAAAUACUAAUGAAGAAAGAACAAUUAAAAUCUAAAAAUAUUAACAUAGAUAAUAUAGAUAUAAAUAAUAUAAUUUAAUGAAUUAAGAUGUGUUGUUUUAAAAAAACUUUUUUGCUUUAUAAAUUUGUUUUUUUCAGUUAUAAAAAAAUAUUGUUUAGUUUAUAGAUUUAGUAUAUCGAUUUAGUUUAGUAUAUCGAUUUAUUUAAGUAUAUAGAUUUAGUUUAUAGAUUUCUUUAAAAAAAUUCUUGUUUUUGUUACCAGUUUUAUCCUGCAGUUUAUUUAAAUAUUUUUA